AUGGCUCCAAACGAUUAUAACCUUUAUACAACAAAACGAGCGGCGCGACAAGAAGCAUGGCAUGGUCCAGGAACAGAAUGGAAUCCUUUUUCGAAAACCACUCGACGGAGCAGUACCUUUCCCGCUCAAGUUCCCGAUGAAGAAGCUUUGAGAGGAUUAGAAGAACCUGCAUUAAGAACGAUAAAUACCGAGAAUGGUCCACGAUCGUCAGCGAGCCAAGCACCAUUUUUUAAUUCACAGAAUGCUGGCACGGCAAUGGAAAUGCAAGAUUUAGAAAAGUCGGCGACAAAUAAUGGUGGACGUCCUAGCGAUCCAAGUACCGAAGCAACAAUUGUUGGAAGACAAUCAUCGAGGCAACCGAGUGUAGAGGAAAAAGCACGACGGAGAUUCCUGAGCAGAUUUACCAAGAAGGGUAGGGAAGAAGUCGAUGGUGAAGAGAAAAGGAAGAAACGCGGAAUCUUUCGAGGAAAGGAUAUAAAACACGCGCCCUUCACCCUGAGGAGUCAAUUGCAGAAUACCAUUUUCAAUUCCUGGAUCAACGUCUUACUUAUCGCUGCACCAGUCGGUAUCGUACUCAAUUACGUUGGUGGGGUAAAUGGAAUUGUUAUUUUCGUGGUCAAUUUUCUUGCCAUCAUACCGCUGGCAGCGAUGUUGGGUUUUGCCACUGAAGAAAUUGCUCUUCAUGUGGGUGAAAGUUUAGGAGGUUUAUUAAAUGCUUCUUUUGGAAAUGCCGUCGAGAUGAUUGUCGCUAUCAUUGCCUUGGCCAAAGGAGAAGUUCUCAUUGUUCAAACUUCUUUGGUUGGUAGUAUUUUAUCCAAUUUAUUACUCGUCAUGGGAAUGUGUUUCUUCUUUGGAGGACUUCGAAGAGAGGAACAAUUCUUUAACCAAACCGUUGCUCAAACCGCUGCAAGUUUGUUGGCCUUGGCUAUUGCUAGUGUCAUUGUUCCAACCGCCUUCGAUUUAUGGAGUGAAACAACCGAUGCUCCAAUUGCAGCUAUUUCACGUGGUACUUCGGUCAUUCUCUUGGUGGUAUACAUCGGUUAUCUUUACUUUCAAUUACAUACUCAUUCUACCAUGUUCAAUGAGGAGAGUCAAAAGGUACCAAUGAGACCACGCAAGCAUGCUUUACCACAAGGUGCAAUUGCAAAGGGUUUGGCCAAGGCUGGAGGAAUUGGAGCAGGACCUGGUCGAGCAAAUAUUGCCGAGAGACCACCUAACGAUGAAUUGAUCAACCCAAACGCACACGAGGAAGAUGAAGAGGAAGAAGCUGAAGAAGCACAAUUACACAUCUUGGUUGCUUGGGCGACUCUUGCAAUUUGUACUGCUAUCAUUGGACUUUGUGCAGAAUUCAUGGUUGAUAGUAUCAGUGCAAUUACUGAAGGUGGUGCUAUCUCGGAAGAAUUUGUUGGUCUUAUCCUUUUACCUAUCGUUGGAAAUGCUGCAGAGCAUGCUACUGCUGUAACUGUUGCUUGCAAGGAUAAAAUGGAUCUUGCAAUAGGUGUAGCUGUUGGAUCUAGUAUGCAAGUUGCUUUGUUCCUCAUUCCGUUACUGGUUGUUAUCGGAUGGAUCAUGGGCAAUGAUGCUAUGAACUUGAGUUUCGAUGGUUUCCAAGUUGCCGUUUUAUUUGUGGCUAUUUUACUAGUCAAUUAUUUGAUUGGUGAUGGUAAAAGUCAUUGGUUGGAAGGAAUGCUUUUACAAUGUCUUUACAUAAUUAUUGCAGUAUGUGCUUGGUAUUACCCAGCAACAGGUGCUGCAUAA